GACUUAUGUCGAAAGAAGAAAAUAAAGUGUGAUGGUGCGAUGCCCAUGUGUGGCAAUUGUCAAAUACUUAACUUAACUUGCACUUUUCGAGAUGCAACCAAAAAGAGAGGCCCGCCUAAGGGUUAUAUUGAAGCAAUAGAGAAUAGAUUACACACUUUAGAGGCU